AUGUCGAGUGGAAAGGGCAAGAUGGUGCUGCUGCUGGCAGUCUUUGUUGCAGCUGCUCUCAAGACAACUGUGGCUCAGGAUUAUUGUAAACCGGAUUUGUGUGAUCCCGGCAAUGAUCACAUUGGGUGUAACAACCCGGGAGGCUUCACCAGCAACUGUCCGGCCGGCGCCAAGGUGGUUAAGAUGACUGACGAGCUGAAGAAGAUCAUCCUGGACGAGCACAACAAGUACCGUAGCACCGUAGCCACUGGAGGUCUUAAAUGGCUUCCGAAGGCCAAGCAGAUGACUACGAUGACUUGGGAUGAUGAGCUGGCUAAGCUGGCCAAGCUGAAUGCUAACCGGUGUGUGCAGAAGCACGACGAUUGCCACAACACUGCCAAACAUCGUUACUCGGGUCAGAAUUUGAACCACAUCAUGACGACGGCUCCAUCGAUCGACAACAUCCCGCAGGUGAUCAAGGAUCUCAUCUCGUCCUGGUGGGACGAGCGUCUCGAUGUGAACUCGCGCAUGGUUAAGGCGAUGUACGAUCCGGGCAGACACACCAUGAUCUUCCACUUCGCUGUAAUGGCUGCGGAUAAGGCAAACAAGAUCGGGUGCGCCAUCAGCCAGUGGCCAGAAAAUGGAAACCCCUACAUGUAUCUGGUGUGCAACUAUUCUUUCACGGACAUUGUUGGUCUGCCAAUGUAUGCCCAGGGUGAGCCGUGCUCUGGAUGUACGAAGGGUUGUAACUCCGCUUACGAAGGUCUCUGCAAUCCCGACGAACCCGUUUCCGUUCCAUAUUAA